AGAGGUUGUCAGGGGAUACCCUGGAAGCUUGAGAAAACAAAACGUGAUGUGACCUGUGUAAAGUGCCUGAGUGCUGCUGGAUGAUCCCGUUGCAAGGAUAACGCGCAGUUCUAGGCUCAGUGAAAGUACCAAGGGCUCUCUGAAGUGUGAGGAGCAUGCAAACAGCUCCAGUUGCGGGGGGUGCUGGCCGCCCCUUAGCCCCUCUUGCCCAGCAGCCAGCUGUGAAGACAGUGCACGUUUUCAGGAAUGGGGACCCCUUCUAUCGUGGGCGCCGAAUGUUAAUCCAUGAAAGGCGAGUGGGUACUUUUGACGUGUUCUUAAAGGAUGUCACAGGUGGGGUGCAGGCUCCGUUUGGCGCAGUCAGGAAUAUUUACACCCCACGAAAUGGACACAGGGUUACCUCACUGGACGAUUUGCAGCCUGGAGAGUUCUAUGUAGCUGGAGGAAGGGAGAACUUCAAGAAGCUAGAUUACUUGCAUAUUGGGGAGAUAAAGAGGAAAACGGUGGACCCACUUAGUCAGGUAAAACCUGUAUCCCAUAGCAGAAUCAAUGUUUCUGCAAGAUUUCGAAAAAAUGUACAAGAGCCAUGUACUGUGUUUUUAGUUGCUAAUGGAGACACACUGAACCCAUUCAUACGUCUGCUGAUACCGAGAAAAACUCUGGAACAGUGGGAACUUGUUCUAGCACUGGUUACUGAAAAAGUGAAACUCCGAAAUGGAGCUGUGCAUAGACUUUAUACAUUAGAAGGGACACCUAUACAAAAUGGCUUAGAACUGGAAAAUGGACAGUUUUAUGUAGCAGUUGGCAGAGAGAAGUUCAAAAAGCUCCCAUACAGUGAUUUGAUUUUCUCAAAGGCAUCAAUAAGACGUGCACAUGGAUCCAAAGCCUCUUCGUUGCCACCCAUUAAUGGAUUCAGGAAGUCAAAAGAAAAUAGACACGAGCGGCAGAUUAAAUCAACAGGAGGUUCCAGUGAUACCGUAGAUAACAUGAUAUCGCCACAGCCACCAAAAUCUAAAGGAAGAAAACAUACAGAACCCCAAAUAUUGAACAAUGCCAGAGUGAAGCUAAACAAUGAACAAACACAUUCUCAUAUUAUCUUUCCUGCCAAUGAUGAUGGCAUUUUCAAAGCUGCUAAAGACAGAUCAGAAAUGUGGGGGGCAUCAGAAGUUCAGGAAGACGAAAACACUAAAGUGGAAGUUCCGGUUGAUCAGAGAGUUGCAGAAACUGUAGAAGAGGAAGAAAAACCAAAUGAAGACAAUGAAGGCAGUGACCUUGGUGAUCAUGGUGAUGAAGAUACAGAAGGUGAAGGAGAAGUAGAAAACAAAGAUGAUGAGGAUGAUGAAGGUGAACAAAACAACAUCAUAGAGGAUGAAGCCCAUGGAGAAGAAACAGAUGAAGUUGAAGAUCAUAACAUGGUAAGUAACGAAGCAACAACGAAUCAUGGGAAUAUGAGCAAAGAUUCUGAAGAUGAGGUUAAUACUGAAGAUACUGAAACUCAGGAAGAAGAUCCACAGCUAACACAGUCUGUAGAAGAUGAAGAAGGUGACGCAGUAGGGCACAUAAAUGGUAACCACGAAGAAGGGGAAGAAGAUUCUGAUGCACAUAAUGAUAAAUAAAGGCAGGCUGAAAAUUCACUUCCAAGACCAACAUCAUCAAGACUCUUGGAAAAAAUAUCUUCUCCAACUGAAAAUGAUGAAUGUGCAGUUAUUGAGCCUUAGGCAUCUGAAGAAGUCUUUUGAACAAUACUACCUAAGUACUUGAAUCUUUAUUGUAGUCUCACUAUAAUAUUAGGGCUAAUAUGUGUAUAUGUUAACAUAAAGAGCUAAAACUUAUUAAUGCUGAAAAAAACACAAACAAGUCUAGAGCUGUUACAGUAAUGUAUGCUGUUCCCUCUCACAUUCUCUCUUUAUAUACAUAGAUGUAUAGAUAAACCAGGAGAACAUUGUUUCUACAAAACUGAUUAUUUUUAUCUAAAACUAAUAAAAUGUAAUAGGGAAACAUUUUUGACAUAUUUAUUCAGUGCUUUUAUAUGGUCAGAUGUAUUUUAAUAGUCAUUAAAAUGUAUUUAGUUAAGCCAUAUUACAAAUCCUAUCAACAAUGAAAUGCUGCACUGCUCCCCUUCAUCAAUGUGUUGCUUUUUAUGUUUUUGUUGUAGUUUGUUCAUGCAUAUUUGAUGGACUGCAUAAUUUUGUUUCUUUUUUAAUUUACUUUAAAUAAUUUAACUGAGAACUGUUCUGUUAAUAGACACAAAUACAUUGACAAAAACUGUUAUACAUUGUAGAAAUCGUAUUUGUAAUGUAGAACUUUAUUAUUGUGUUGUACUGGAUCUUACAGAAAUCGUUGUCAUAUGUAACAUAAUAGUGUAGUCCAUACAGCUACGACUCUGUUACAAGUACUAGAAACAUUUGGCAAAUGAUGGCUGUCUUAGAGCUCUGGCAUUUGAUGGACACCAAUUUAUCCUUAUAUAUAGGUUUGCUUUGGAGAUAUAGUGGCAAUCCUGAAUAAAGUAGGAAUCUGCUGUA